CUGUGUGUGUACACAGCGCCUUUCACAUCAGGAGAACGGAUGAGAUGUUAAACCAAGACAAGACCGGAUGGUGAUAGAAAGCGAGGGAUGGGGUGAUUAAGAGCGUUGAGCAAAGGCAGUGGUAAAAGUGAGAGAGAGAGAGAGAGGUUCCUCAGAGGUUUCUAGAGGAACAGAACAGGAAAAGUAAAACAAGGGCAAGGUCUAGGUGUCUACAAUGAGGUCCACCUGCAGACGCAGCAGGAGGUGAGGAUGAGGAUGUUGGGGAUGGCCGGACACGUGAUCAGGACCGAUGGGUUCCUGGCACUGUACAACGGUCUGAGUGCCUCACUCUGCAGACAGUUGACCUACUCCCUGACGCGCUUCGCCAUUUACGAGACGGUGAGAGACCGAGCGACCGGCGGCAGCGACCGCCCCCUCCCCUUCUACCAGAAAGUGCUGCUGGGAGCUUUCGGAGGAUUCACCGGGGGCUUUGUAGGAACGCCAGCCGACAUGGUGAACGUGAGAAUGCAGAACGAUAUGAAGCUUCCAACGCAUCUCCGGAGAAAUUACAAACACGCCGUGGACGGGAUUUUCCGAGUUUUCCGGGAAGAGGGCCUGAAGAAGCUUUUCUCAGGAGCAACAAUGGCCUCGAGUCGCGGGGCUCUGGUCACCAUCGGUCAGCUCGCCUGCUACGACCAAGCGAAGCAGCUGGUCCUGGCCACCGGCUUCCUGUCCGACAACUUCCUGACCCACUUCCUAUCCAGCUUCAUCGCGGGAGGAUGUGCCACAAUUUUGUGCCAACCUCUGGACGUGCUGAAGACUCGGCUGAUGAACUCGCAAGGAGAAUAUCGGGGAGUGCUGCACUGCGCGAUGGUGACCUCCCGCCUGGGGCCGCUCGGCUUCUAUAAGGGCCUCGUUCCCGCUGGGAUCCGUCUCGUGCCUCACACAGUCCUGACGUUCGUCUUCCUGGAACAGCUGAGGAAACACUUCGGGCUGGAGGUCACAUGAUUCCCCUCGGGGGUGAUGGUGGUGGG